AUGGCACCUCGAAGCCGCGCCCUCCAAACCCUCAAGCCUCUCUUCAAUCCCUUCCCCUCAAAAUCCCUCCAGACUUCUCGGAUUGCACCAAGACACUCCCAAAGAACCUAUGCGUCCACGUCCACCCGCCCCAACGUCCCCGGCACAUACAACAGCAGAGUACCACUAAUCGCAAUCGGCAGCGUUCUGGCCUUCGUGCCCUUCUACUACCUCUUCCACAGCACCAAGCCGGCCGCGUCGGGAAACGCCGCCAUCACCGAGGCGCGGAGGCAGGGUGAUCCGUCGAUAGAGUAUCGCGACCCGAGGGAUAGUCCGGUCAAGACGCUGGAGCAGCAGAAGAAAAAGGACGUCGAAGCUGCUAAAUUAGACAUGGUCUUCCCGUUUGUAUACAUGGCAUGGAACUUUAUUGUCGAAAAGGCCAUCUUCCCUUCUCUUUGGGAUCGAUAA